AUGGCGGACAACGUUGAGACUUCCUUUUACGAUUUAGGCAUAAAAACAUGGCUUGUAAAGCAAUGCCAUGCAAUGGGAAUUAAAAAACCCACGGAGAUUCAAGAGAAAUGUAUCCCGGAGAUAUUAAAAGGCCGAGAUUGCAUUGGUUGCGCUAAAACUGGCAGUGGUAAAACAGCGGUUUUUGCCCUGGCAAUUUUACAGCAUCUUUCAGAUGACCCCUAUGGGGUGUUUGCGCUCAUCCUGACCCCGACAAGAGAGUUAGCAUUUCAAAUUGGAGACCAAUUCAAGGCCCUGGGAAAACCAAUAAAUUUACAAACUGCUGUAAUAACUGGGGGCAUGGACAUGAUGACGCAGAGCCUUGCGCUUGCUAAGCAACCGCAUGUUGUCAUAGCAACCCCAGGCAGGUGCGCCGACCAUCUGCAGAGUACCGAUACCUUCAGUUUGCGUAGAAUCAAGUACCUGGUUCUAGACGAAGCAGAUCGGCUGCUCGAAGACACUUUUGCAGCAGACUUGGAGGUGAUAUUCUCCAAUGUCGCAGAAAAACGUCAAACCUUGCUCUUUAGUGCUACAUUGAAUGACACUAUUGAGGAACUUCGUGAAAUCACAGCAACAAACCCAUUUUGCUACAGUGUUCAAGAUAAAAUUGCAACAGUUUCUGAACUGGACCAAAGAUACCUUCUAAUACCAGACCAAGUGAAAGAUUGCUACCUGGUUUACAUCUUGCGAGAACACACAGAAAACAAGUCUGUCAUAGUUUUCACCAAAACCUGUCACAGCUGCCAAGUAAUGGCUGUGAUGUUUCGAAAAAUUGAGCUCCCAUGUGUCACUCUACACUCCUUGAUGACCCAGUCGGAACGCCUGUCAUCCCUAGCUAAAUUCAAAACUGGAAUUGUAAACAUUCUCGUGGCAACUGAUGUUGCAAGUCGAGGCUUGGAUAUACCUGAAGUAGAGCUGGUGUUAAAUACGAAUGUACCAAGAUCUCCAGACGAUUACAUUCACAGGGUGGGUAGGACUGCGCGUGCUGGUCGUGGGGGGCUGGCUCUAACGCUCCUCACCCAAUAUGAUAUCAAAGCUUUGAAGCAGAUUGAGGAAAAGAUUGGAGUAAAAUUGUCCUUGUUUGAAACAGAAGAGAAAGAGGUUUUGAGGUAUUUGAAAGGUGUUUUGGUUGCCAAACGUGAGGCAGAACUUCGGGUCAGAGACAGCGGCUUGUUCGACAAAAGAAAUAUUCAUAAACAGAAAAGAACUAUCUUAGAAAACACAAGAAAAAAUGGAAAGCAAAAACGAAAAAAACUCUAAGGAAAUUGCAUUAAAAAAACUUCCGAACUCUGUAGACAGAAAAUGAACUCUUGCAGUAUUGUAAAUAUAAAGUAAUCAGAUUGUGGAAUAAACAAGGCUCCUGACUAUAUUGUGAACUAAAUUUAAU